GCCCCCGCGGCCCCGGGCAGACCCUUCCCCUCCGCCUGCUGCUGCUGCUUCGCCUCGCUCCUGGAUGUGAACAGCUGGCUGCUCUUCUUCUACGGCUUCCUCUACCUGGCUCUCUAUGCCCAGGUGUCCCAGUCUAAGUCCUGCGACAAAAUCUCCUGCUUCUCGGGUCAUUGUGUCAACUCCACCUGCGUCUGCGACCAGGGCUGGGUGGGAGACCAGUGCCAGCACUGCCAGGGCAGGUUCAAGUUAACAGAACCUUCUGGAUAUUUAACAGAUGGACCAAUAAAUUAUAAAUACAAAACUAAAUGUACAUGGUUAAUUGAAGGAUACCCAAAUGCAAUAUUAAGAUUAAGAUUUAAUCACUUUGCCACAGAAUGUAGUUGGGACCAUAUGUAUGUAUAUGAUGGAGAUUCAAUAUAUGCACCUUUAAUAGCUGUAUUUAGUGGUCUAAUAGUCCCUGAAGUACGUGGAAAUGAAACUGUUCCUGAAGUAGUUACUACAUCUGGCUAUGCAUUGCUACACUUUUUUAGUGAUGCUGCUUAUAACCUAACAGGAUUUAACAUUUUCUAUUCAAUUAAUUCUUGUCCUAAUAACUGCUCAGAACAUGGAAAGUGUACAACCAGUGUGUCAGUACCAAGCCGGGUAUACUGUGAGUGUGACAAGUAUUGGAAAGGAGAAGCCUGUGAUAUUCCAUAUUGUAAGGCCAACUGUGGCAGUCCAGAUCACGGGUACUGUGACUUGACAGGCGAGAAGCUCUGUGUCUGCAACGACAGCUGGCAAGGUCCAGAUUGUUCUCUGAACGUCCCUUCCACGGAGUCUUACUGGAUUCUACCAAAUGUAAAGCCAUUCAGCCCUUCUGUGGGUCGAGCUUCCCAUAAGGCAGUCCUGCAUGGGAAGUUUAUGUGGGUUAUUGGUGGAUACACUUUUAACUACAGUUCAUUCCAAAUGGUGUUGAACUACAAUUUGGAAAGCAGUAUAUGGAAUGUAGUACCUGUAUCCAAAGGGCCACUCCAGAGAUAUGGACACACUCUUGCUUUGUAUCAGGAAGACAUCUACAUGUAUGGAGGCAAAAUUGAAACAAAUAAUGGCAACGUUACUGAUGAGCUGUGGAUUUUCAACAUACACAGUCAAACCUGGAGUACCAGAGUUCCUGCAGUACUUGUGCAUGGCCAGCAAUAUGCUGUGGAAGGUCAUUCAGCACACAUAGUAGAGCUGGACAGCAGAGAUGUGGUUAUGAUUAUAAUUUUUGGAUAUUCUUCCAUAUAUGGCUACACAAGCAUUGUGCAAGAAUACUACAUCAGAUCUAAUUCUUGGCUUGUACCAGAAACAAAAGGAGCAAUUGUGCAAGGUGGAUAUGGCCAUACCAGUGUCUAUGACGAACUGACAAAAUCUAUUUAUGUUCAUGGUGGAUACAAAGCAUUACCUGGCAAUAAAUAUGGACUGGUGGAUGAUCUUUACAGAUAUGAAGUUAAUACUCGGACAUGGACUAUAUUGAGAGAGAGUGGCUUUGCAAGAUACCUUCAUUCAGCUGUCUUAAUCAAUGGAGCUAUGCUCAUUUUUGGUGGAAACACUCAUAAUGAUACUUCCCUGAGUAAUGGUGCAAAGUGUUUUUCUGCUGACUUUCUAGCAUACGAUAUAGCUUGUGAUGAAUGGAAAGUUUUACCGAAACCUAAUCUGCAUCGAGAUGUCAACAGAUUUGGUCACACUGCUGUUGUCAGUAAUGGGUCCAUGUAUAUAUUUGGAGGUUUUUCAAGUGUUCUGUUGAAUGACAUCCUCGUGUACAAACCUCCAAACUGCGAAGCAUUCAGAGAUGAGGAGCUGUGUAAAAAUGCUCGUCCAGGAAUCAGGUGUCUGUGGAACAAGAAACAUUGUGAAUCCUGGGAAUCUGGACAUGCUAAUAACAUCCUUAGAGCAAAAUGUCCUAAGAAAACAGCUGCUGCAGAUGACAGAUGUUACCGAUACGCAGAUUGCGCGAGCUGUACCGCCAACACUAAUGGGUGCCAGUGGUGUGAUGACAAGAAAUGCAUUUCGGCAAAUAGCAACUGUAGCAUGUCGGUUAAAAACUACACCAAAUGUCAUGUGAGGAAUGAACAGAUCUGCAAUAAACUGACCAGCUGCAAGAGCUGCUCACUGCACCUGAACUGCCAGUGGGACCAGAGGCAGCAGGAGUGCCAGGCACUACCUGCUCAUCUGUGUGGGGAAGGAUGGAGUCAUAUUGGAGACGCCUGCCUCCGCAUCAAUUCCAGUCGGGAAAGUUAUGACAAUGCCAAGCUGUAUUGCUACAAUUUAAGUGGCAAUCUUGCCUCAUUAACAACCUCAAAAGAAGUGGAAUUUGUUCUGGAUGAAAUACAGAAGUAUACACUUCAGAAAAUUUCACCUUGGGUAGGUUUGCGCAAGAUCAACAUCUCCUACUGGGGCUGGGAUGACAUGUCUCCUUUUACAAAUACAACUCUGCAGUGGCUUCCUGGAGAGCCCAAUGACUCUGGCUUCUGUGCCUAUCUAGAGAGAGCAGAGGUGGCAGGUCUGAAAGCAAAUCCAUGCACUGCAAUGGCAGAUGGCCUUGUGUGUGAAAAACCUGUUGUCAGUCCCAACCAGAAUGCCAGGCCCUGCAAAAAGCCGUGCUCCCUGCGAACAACAUGUUCUAACUGCACCAGUAAUGGCAUGGAAUGUAUGUGGUGUAGCAGUACCAAACGGUGUGUUGACUCCAAUGCCUACAUAAUCUCCUUCCCAUAUGGACAGUGUCUAGAAUGGCAAACUGCCACAUGCUCCCCUCAAAACUGCUCUGGACUGAGGACAUGUGGACAGUGCUUGGAACAGCCUGGGUGUGGAUGGUGCAAUGAUCCCAGUAACACUGGCAAAGGACAAUGUUUGGAAGGAUCAUCAAGGGGCCCCAUGAAGCCUGUAGGUGCACACUCUAAUGAAAUGGUGCUUGAUACUAGUCUCUGCCCGAAAGAGAAAAAUUAUGAAUGGUCAUUUAUCCAGUGUCCAGCUUGCCAGUGUAAUGGCCACAGCACUUGCAUCAACAGUAAUGUCUGUGAUCAAUGUAAAAACCUAACAACAGGAAAACAGUGUGAGACAUGCAUGCCAGGAUAUUAUGGGGAUCCCACAAAUGGAGGACAGUGCACAGCUUGCACGUGCAGUGGACAUGCAAAUAUCUGUCAUAUGCAAACAGGAAAAUGUUUCUGCACAACUAAGGGAAUCAAAGGAGACCAGUGUCAACUCUGUGACUCUGAAAAUAGGUAUCUUGGAAAUCCACUUAGGGGAACAUGCUACU